UGGAUUAAUCCAAUAUAGACGAGAAUGCGUCAGUGCAUGGUGACUACCUCGCAGGCAGUAUAUCUAAACCCGGUCACACAUUUUAUAUUUGCACGUUAGCUUUUAGUGCUAACUCGCCAUCCCCGAAGCCUUAUCAAAAUUAUCGCCUUCCAGUGGUUGGGAAUCCUUCGUAGGAGUCACUUUGGAGGUUUCUCGUCGUUUUAUCGUGAUCAUGUUCGAGCGUAUCAAGACUACGUCGCGUGUCACGGAGGGAUGAGUCAUGAACCAGAAGCGGAAUAAUACACACCGAGUGUGAGAUCUGAGUCGACAUAAUCCAUCUGGCGGUCGAGGGGGGGACGUGGAUGAUGGCUUCGUUGCGGGCAGCAGCGUUCGUAUUACUGCAAGGGGUUCUUCAGUAUGCCGUGUGUCGUGAUGUAACUCUUCCCAUUGGACCCAUCUACCGCGUGGCAGGGUUCCCCCUCUCUCUUCCCUGUGCUGUGUUUGGCUAUGAGGGCCCGCGUACCCAGGAAUUUGAAUGGUUCCUGUACAAGGAGGAAGCCGCUGAUAAGCAGAUUGGAGUUGUGUCCACCAGGGACCAGGGCUUUCCAUAUACUCCUUUCCUGUCCAGGGUGCAGGCUGGGCAGGUAAGGGUGGAAAGGGACUCCGGGGAUAAAGCAAGGCUUGUGAUUCAGAGACUCCGGCCUGAAGACCAGGGCAAAUAUGAGUGCUACACUCCCAGCACAGAUAAAACCUUCCAGGGGAAUUACAGUGCGACAGUUUCCGUCAAAGUCAUCCCUGACACACUCCAGAUUAGCUAUACCCGCUCACUGACGGGCCAGCCCAUGCCAGAGGGGGCAGAGCUAACACUAACGUGCUCAGCCGGCGUCCAAUCGAAGGAACACACCCAUCUGUCUGUCAUGUUUGGGAAGCGUGGAGGUGAGGGCUUGGGAAGCGAGGCGGAUGGAGAGGUCAGCACUGUCAGAGAGAUCAUCUCCAUUGACAAGGAGCUAAGAGUCACUCUUGGAAGCAGCGGGUCUUACAGGAAACGGUACAAAGAUGGAGAGAUAUUGCUUGAGAAGCGGCGUGGAGAGGCCGGUCAGGAUGUGUAUGUGAUGAGGAUGAGCGCCUUGCAGCCACAGGAUACUGGGUCGUAUUUCUGUGAAGCAUCACAGUGGAUUCUGGAUCCUGACAAAGUGUGGCAGAAGAUCGCACAGAGGACCCUGGAUGUUGGCAACCUGACUGUUCAGAGACUAGCGGAGUCUCUGAGUGUGGCCUCCACUCCCAGAGGGGAGGUGACCCUACAGGUGGGCUCCCCGUUCACUCUGACCUGUGAGGUAUCAGGGCUGCCAGCUGGGGGAAAGUCUGGCCUGCUGAUUCAGUGGAUGAAGAGAGGAUCACUGAGCAGUGAAAUGACUGGAAUUGGAGGAGGAGUGGAGGUGGAGGUGGCCCGGUUGAGUCCAGAUGGUAUAGUGAGCUGGGGAGAUGACCUCAGCAGAGGGGGCGGAGCCACCAUGGAGAAAGUGGCGGAGGGUCGGUACUCUCUGAGGCUGUUCAGAGCCAGCCCCUCUGACUCGGGGGUAUAUCGGUGUGCAGUGAGUGUGUAUGCCGGCCAGAGAAACCCCAGCCCAUCCAGUGCUGCUACGUUCACCCAAAGGUCAGAGGGUGUCAUGGUCAACCUCAAAACCAAAGAGGUUAGGGUUUCUGCUGUGGCGAAGCUUCCUCGUGGACCACUGCUGAAGAGGGGCGGCACCAUCACCCUGAUCUGCAACGUGACCGUGAUAACCACAGGCCCUGCCCUGUUGCAGAUUCAGUGGCUGCAGCAGCCAAUUCCUGAGCCAUUUCUCAUCAAGGGAGAGAAAGUGCCAUCUGAAGAGGCAUCUCCUCCUCUCCCCCCGGUUGAGGAAAAUACCAAGCUGGUGGCCACUCUCACCUACGAUGGCAUUGCACAGAUCUACGCCAAUGGCAGUGAGAUUAGUAUAGACCGCCUGACGACCAACAGCUAUAGGCUGAGGGUCUAUUCUGCCACCUCUGAGGACCAAGGGCUCUAUGUCUGCCAAGCUGAGGUGUGGGGUCAGGACCCCCACGGUGGCUGGUACAAAACGGGGGCAAAAGCAGAGUCACCUACCAUAACUGUUUACCUGUAUGCAAGAGCUGCCGACCUCCUUCUGAUCCCAUUGGUUAUUGGAGUCUCCUCAGCCCUGUUUGUUGGCAUUGUUAUCAUUGCCACUGUUACCUGUUGCUUCAUGAAACGACUCGCCAGGCAGCGUGGUCCAAAAUAGGUGCCGUGUCCCCUGCCUGUCUGGAAAUUGAUAUGUUUUUAAAGUGCAAGAGAUGUGAUAACAAAGAACUUGUUAGAUAAAAUAACCACAAAUUCACUUUAGAAUUUAACUCACUGGAAUUUCACAUCUUUGUGAAGAAGUUCAAAGAAGAUAUUGAUGGCUAGUGUUAAAUCUAUGGUAAGGACACUGUAAAAGUGGAAAAAAAAGUAUUUUUUCCCAUUGAAAGGCACAGGAAAAACUCUACUACGAGGUCACUUACAGUGGUACCUCAGUUUUAAAUCCCUCGAUUUUUUUUUUUAAACACUUAUCUUGCCUGUUUUUGUUACACAGAUCAACCCACAGAGAUCUUGUGCAUGAAGUAACAGUAUCAUUCAGUCUUGGAAAAUGAGAUUCGAUUGAAUUAUUCAGAUAAGCUAAGAAUCUAAACUAGUAAUUUACCUAACUUUUUUUUUAAUCUCACCUAUUGUUAAUGUUGUUUUAAAGGUGUUGCUCCAAAGUGUUGAGUGUGUCAUUUAAAUUAGAAUACCAGUGAUGUCAAAAUGCUUGUAUGCAUGCUCAAUCUGCUCACACUGCCACUGUCUGACACAUGAACGUUGUGAUCAGUACAGCUUCUAGAAAAACUGUGAGGAUUGGGACCUUUCACUGCCUGCAAUACCGGCACAGCUCUGCAUGUAAACAAGAUCGCUUUGAGACUUUAUAAGGAAGGCGCUGGCCAGGGACAUUCUAAUGCCAAGGCCUGAUCGCUUAACAUUUUAAACAGAAGCAUUCCUUGAAUGUGAUGCUAAAUGUUGUGUUGGGUUUUCUGCAGAUACACGUGUAUAUACAUUUGAGAGAUAUGGGAGUUAUACAUCAUGCACUGAGCUUAAGUGUGUAUGUACUUCAGGGAAUUUCAACUGCGCCAAUUAGUUUAAUAUAAAAAACAAAACAAAACUACGCAAAGCCCUACUUGAGAUGCCAAUCUUGUUUUUUGGCAAGACACCUUAGUUUAACAUUCUGCAACAGUCUGUUUUGUUCUUCCAAAGCACUUGGACCAAAAUGGUCUGGGGGUCCUAGGAUCCUUGGUACAACUCCUUUUACUUGAUUUUUUUUCUCUCUCAGUUGAAAAUUCACUCUGUUGUACUUAAGAUCAAAUACUUUGAAAUUGAUUGUUCCUUUACUGUUCUUUCAAGUGACCGAGAUAGAAAAACAAUUGUAUGACGAAAAAAAAAUCAGAUUCCUGUUUAUGACUAUGAGUAAUGAACAGAGAAAGUUAUGUUAUUGCAUAUUGUUCUUCUUUUUCCCCUGAGGAGAUGUUGUGAUUAGCCAUUCUCAUAUGACCAGGCAGCAUUCAGUGAGCUCUUAUAAUUGCUAUAUGUCAUCAAACAGUUUGGCUCAGCAACAGUGUGACUAGUAUUUGCUGUUAGUUUGAAGAAAAUUGUCCCACAUACAGCUGCACUAUGUCUGAGCAAUUAAGGUAUGGAUGAAUCCAUCUCUCUAGCAUUUUAAUUGUUUGGUCAUGCAAGCAGAUCUGUACAGUGUUUACUAAUACACCAACAACACAUUACAGUUAUUAAUUGGUCAUGGAAUGGAGGAAGGAAACAGCCCUUUUCUCCGAUCGGGAAAAUCUCUGAAGACUUACGUCCUCCAAGUUUCUUCUUCCAAGUUUCUUCUGCCUCUUUUUUUCUUUUUCUUUUUCGUAAUACACUAAGAGACACAUUCCUCUUCCUUUGUCAGUUUUUCUGUUAGUGGUUUACAAAUCUCCCAAAACCUAUCUAACCUUAGCUUUCCAAAACCUGAUUACAAACUUUGCUCCUGUACAUUAGCGAAUAAAAUCAUAGCUCUGCUUGCUUGCUGAGCCACUUCGCUCCAGAUCAAGCAGCCAAAGCUGAUUUGACAACCCCCCCCCACCACCACACACACACACACACACACACACACACACAUGCACAUAUAAUCUCCAUGUGAUCAUACCCACACAUACAUUCAUACACACAGCAACAGCAGCAUUAGUCCAGUACUGGCUGAUAUUUCCCGAGUGGAGAUAUAUAUCACCAUAUUCGCUUGUCUCUAAUCCCUGUAAUUGUAGACUGUAGUGCACAUCCCAUUCCUCAUUGUGUGUCAAUAUGUUACAGUAUCGGUGUGGCUAGCAUUUGACUCAUUUAAAAGUUCUGUCCCAUGUGAAAACUGUGGCCAUAUCUUAAAACGUUUUACACUUUUUGCACUGUUUACCAAAUUACAUGCACACAGUACAAAAAUACUGACAUUGUGCUUAGUUUGAAGACCUAAUCACUGCUUUAAUGGAAUUGUUUUUGUGUGUGUUGUUAACUUUUGGUUUAAAACCACUCCAGAUUGCAACUUGCUGCCAUCAAAAUAAUACCAAUGGAGGUCACGUUUAUUUGCUAUGGUGCUUUGGCAAAGCUGCCAUUUGGAAAAAAAAACAACAAUAAACCAUU